UUUCCGAGGUGUGUGUUGACUUCCUGGAGGGACAGGCGGACUUGAGUCACCGCACUGGAGAGAGCGAGCGUCUCACGUGAACACUUGCGGCGCGCGGGGAACGCCGACGUUCCCCGGCGGAGUCCAUCCCAAGGCCGGUCUGCUCUGGCCGGAUGGCGGCUUUAGUUUCUGUGAUGGUCUGAUACUGCGGCGGCUCACCAUGUCCCUGCGGGCAGUGUGGCUCAUCCGUCACGAGCCGGGAACUCCGCUCGGUGGCACCGUCAGGUUCUCCAGACGAUACCCUACUGUUGAAAAGCGAGCCAAAAUCUUCAAUGGAGUGAGUUAUGUUCCUGUACCCGAAGAUGGUCCCUUCCUGAAGGCAUUACUCUUCCAACUGAGAUUAUCGGGUGAUGAUAAAGACUUCGUGGAGAGGCGUGAUAGCUGCUCACACACCAACAAAUCACCCAUCUAUGGACUUUCAGUAGGCGGUGAAGAACUCUGGCCAGUCAUUGCUUUUCUGAGGAACGAUAUGAUUUAUGCAAGUGUUCCACUGGUUGAACAAGCUCUAUCUCCCCGCCCAUCUGUAGUUAGUGUUAGUGGAGUCUCACAAGGCUUGGAACUGCUUUUCGGGAUACAGGAUUUUCUCUACUCCUCAAGUCAGAAAAGUGACACAGACCUGAACACAAAGUUGAGUCAGCUGCCUGACCUGCUUCUGCAGGCUUGUCCUUUGGGUACCCUCUUGGACACUAACUUGCAGAAUUCACUGAAUAGUACUAAUUUCUCAUCUGUGACUCAGCCGCACAAACAGCCAGCAUGGAAAGUUGGAACAUACAAAGGAAAGCCUCAGAUUUCUAUUUCUAUCACUGAAAAAGUGAAGUGCAUGCAGUAUGGUAAACAGGACGCAGCGGACACGUGGCAAGUUGUUGGGACAGUCACUUGCAAGUGUGACUUGGAAGGAAUCAUGCCAAAUGUUACCAUCAGCUUGAAUCUCCCCACCAAUGGAUCUCCACUUCAAGAUAUUAUCGUUCAUCCUUGUGUGACUUCUCUUGAUUCAGCCAUUCUGACCGCUAGUAGCAUUGAUACAAUGGACGAUUCUGCGUUUAGUGGGCCUUAUAAAUUCCCGUUCUCUCCGCCCUUAGAGUCAUUCAGCUUAUGCCACUACACUUCUCCGGUCCCUGUCCCACCAAUAUUGGGUUCUUAUCACAUGAAAGAAGAAGAGGUACAACUGAAAAUAACAGUUAAUUUAAAGCUUCAUGAAAGUGUAAAAAAUAAUUUUGAAAUCUGUGAGGCUCAUAUACCUUUUUACAACAGAGGUCCGAUUACCCAUUUGGAAUACAAAGUUAGUUUUGGUCAACUUGAAGUAUAUCGAGAAAAAAGUUUGUUGGUCUGGAUUAUUGGACAGAAGUUCCCCAAAUCAAUGGAAAUUAGUCUUUCUGGAACUCUAACGUUUGGAGCCAAGGGCCAUAACAAGCAGCCAUUUGAUCACAUUUGCAUUGGAAAUACAGCAUAUGUAAAGCUUCAUUUUAGGAUCUCAGAUUAUACACUCACUGGAUGUUAUGCCGAUCAGCACUCAGUUCAAGUUUUUGCAUCAGGAAAACCAAAAAUAAGUGCAUAUCGGAAACUAAUUUCUUCUGACUACUACAUCUGGAAUUCUGAAGCUCCUGCUCCAGUAACAUAUGUGUCAUUGUUGCCAUGAUUUUCUCAUAUGUAUUUUCUCAUAAAUAUUUAUUUCUUCAAAUGGGAUUUAUGUGAUGUAACAUUCUCUAGUAGAAUCAUAGUAUUUUUAUAUUCAUAUAACCUGUGACUGAAAAAAAUCACUGAAUGAUUUCUUUAUCCAAACAUUUAUAUCUGAUGUCUUUAGUCUGAUACAAUGUGAAAGAAUAUAUUCAAGGCUAAUGUCUUCCUUUCUUUGUUGCCCUCUGAUUUCAUGCCAGUAUGACUCAGGACACAUGAAAGUAGUGAUUCAUUUUGACUUAAGACCAGUCUUGGUCUCCAUGCCAUAUGUUCCUUCCUGGAACUGUGGCAGGCCUCCAGGCUCAGUCCCAGCCAGGACAGGCCCAGUCGUGGCCUCCUGUGGGACAGGCUGUGCUAGUCAGUCAGAGUCCUUUCCUUGAGUAAGAGCUCAGCCUUCCCCAGCACAGUCUCAGGCAGCUGUCCUGUGGGUUGUAGGGACCUACAAGGAAACUGUGCUUAUCCAAACCUAGCAAGCAGCAUGCUAUUUCAAAAUAGCCAUGAUCUGGUUAUUAAUUACGAAUCCUUUCUUUGAAUGCGGAGAUACUGCUCAAAUAGUAAGCUGCUCUUCAUGACAUCCCUCCUCCUGGCCAAUAAGGAACCUGCAUAACUCUGUUCACUGUUCUUGAGCUGCUCUUCUGGGCAGGGUCACUGUGCAGCUGAGGAUGACGCUGAGUCCCUCUGAGUGCUGGGGUUUCAGUGUCCGAUUUGUUCUCCGCUUCUAGGGAGCAAACUCAGCUUCAUGCAUGCCAGGCAAGCACCCUACCAGCUGAGCUAUGAUGGUAACCCAAUAACCCCUCUCAGGCUCCUUUAACUAACUUAAUAAUCUGCCCGAAUGACGUGUUUAGGGUACCAGGCGACCAGGCUGCAGUACUUCAGAAGAUGAGCACAGUGGUCUGUGAUUAUUCAGUGUACUUGGACAAGGUUUUAAAAAUAAUUCUAGCUAUUAUACUCUUUUUUUUAAAAUUAAAGUCUGUUAACGAAUGAACUCAGGUAAACUCAAAAGCUCUUUCAUGGGUAAAAGCCAUUUACACUAAUUUAAUGUAGCAUAUUUUUCUUAAGUCUGUCCCUGUCAUUUUCUCUACCAUUUUCUUGAUUCCUUCAAAACCCUCUACCGUGCUCUGUAUCCUCUACCCAUUUCUACCAUCUCGCUUCAUAUUCUGCUUCAGAGCCAUGUGUUGUCGCCAAACUGAAUUUUAAGUGGCCAUUAAAAAAAAAUUAAAGAUCAUGAAAACUUAACUGAUGUCAACUGAAGCCUGACCUCCCCCUCAAAGAAAUGAGUGACAUACUAAUAUUUAAUUGGAUUUAUCCUGAGUUCUAUUUCUUUGUUGUCUUUUUUAAAAAUGAGUCUUCUAAAAAGGGCUUAGAGAAAGCUGCUGAUUGUUCAGAGAAGAGUUAAACCCAUUGAGGAGGAAGUGUGUAUAAACUAGGACUUGAAAUACAUUUUCAAUUAGGGUCAUUCCUACUCAUUAUAAACCCUCUUUGCCUGCAAAGCUUCUCACAGCCUCAAGUUCUGUAUUCAGUCAUCCUAAGUCAUCCUAAGUAAGGAGAAGAGGGUAAUUGCCUGACCAGGACGGUAACUUGCUGUCCCAACUCACCCAAAGGAAGUCAGCAGUGAAAGAAAACACAGUUCUGUGGUUUCUAUCACUCUUCAACUCAAAGUGUAACAUGGUACUUUAAUUUAUUAGUGUAACUGUUUGGAAAUUUUGACUGUAUAAAUGCUUAGCAAAUUGUUCUAAGAUAGGCAGGACACAUUCAUCUGGAAAAAUUCAAUAUAUAAUCCUUGAGGCAAACUCUCUUCAUAAACAAAUUAGAAAAACCAGUGACCUCUAAUUUGACAUUUCUAGAAACCUAGGGAAAAUCUAGGGGUUCCUAGAAAAGCAUGGGGGUGACAGGGAAGCAAUGCCAUCUGUUGCCGUUCCGUUCUGACAACACUAGGGAGCUAAAAGCCAGCCCACAUUUCAUCCCAUUGAGAUCAGCUGGGCACACUGAUGCUUUUGAUUUUGUCUAGAAACCUGUCACUUCAGGAUAAUUUCUGAAGACAAAGCUUGUUCCCGGUUUGGUAGGUGACCUGUUUAAUGUUUUCCCUGUGUCUGGGAGCUCCUUAGUGUAAUUAGCGACCUUUGAACUCCACAGCUAAUCCUGAGCUAUUUUGUAUUCCUUACUCAUCUUUAAGGCUGGACCUUUCUUUUCUUCAGAGUCCACUGCCACAAUUAAAGAAGAAACAGCUGCAUUUCAAAGGGAUUCCGAUUCCAGAAGCUUAACUGUGAUUGACAUGUUCUUAUUCUAAGCUAUAAGACACUCUCGGAGUCCUUUCUUUGGUUAGAACUUCAAUCAUUUUCUAAAAAAUUAUCUCACUAUGGAUUUUAUUCAUUUUCUUUGAUAGCUAUUCUUUGCAAUUUUUUUUUAACUUGAAAGGUGCUUUGCAUUUGCAGUGAAUAUGAGUAUCAACUUCCGGUGACAGAUUUGGACGGGGUUAGACCUGCUCUAGAUUCCGUGCUGCUAAAUUCCCUUUUAGUGCCAAAAUAUGAUUAUGAAAUCUGAUAUCUAUGCUGUAGUUAUUCUUAUUCAACCCAAAGGGUUAAAGAAAGUUUUAAAUAUCUGCGAAUGAACUCUAGAAAAGAUGGGUCAUGAUUUGGGUAAAACCUGUUCUCCAUUUAGGUACUAAGCAAUAUUGUAACACUCAGAAUGUAGUACUCGACAGUGGGGUGUCUUACACUGUUAAAACAAUUGAACCUGCUAACUGGGAAUGUAACGUUAGCCCAUCUCAAAAUCGUUUGUUUUCAUGCCAUCUCAGUAUUUCUACUGUUGCAAUAUUGUGGUCUUAGAUUUCAUGUGCUGUGUUUAACAAAGACAUUUUGCACAUAAUAAUCAUUGCUGUUUAUUUUUCCUGUUUCUUGUUACAAUAUUAAAAAGAAGAAGAAGAAGAAAAACAAAAAGCCUUAAGAGGCCUUCAUAGAUUCCUCCAGUGCCCGUGGGAGGUUGUAGGUGGAGUUCCUCCCCAGGGCUUGCUGCCCUAGCACAGGACUUGUUGCGGAGACAAAGGUCAAAAAAGGGAUGUUAAUAAACAGUCCUCAGGUUUAAGGGACUUUUUAGGAUUACAUCUUAAAUUCCAACAAAUCAGAUUUAGGAGUUGCUGAAAGUGAAAUUGAUCCAUCCCUCAUGCAAACUUGGCAAUACUUUCCUGUCCCGUUUCCUCGAUAGUUAGCUGUAUGAUCAGAUUAGAAGCCAUUGUACCCCGCUGCUGAAAGGAAAGAGAGGCAGAAAGCUAAACAUGGGAUGAAUUCUGAACCUUUUAACCUGGCUGGAGUAUGUUGGUUGCUGUUAUGCAAAUACCUCCAAUCCUCUGCUAAGUUCCGUGGAAAUAAUUUUCUUGAAUGACAGGUUGAUUCAGCAAGGAUUCAGUCGCUGAUUAAUCCCCCUUUGAUCUAGGGUAUUUCACUUAACUACCAGUUACCUCGUUCUGACAAAGUGCAGCUGAGAUUAGGGAGAUCACUAGAACACGACCGGCCCAUGCGUUUAUUCUCCAUAACCUUUCAAAGCAAGGGCCAAGAAUGCAAUUUAUUCUCAGUUUUUGAAGAUGCAAAGUCCUGUCUGCUAAGUUACAAAGUCAAUUGAAUACCAAAUGAAGUUUAUUUCUUAUGUAAGAGAAGAACAAACUUUUUUUUUUGUUCUGCGUAACAAUGAUAUUAGGAAUCACAGGCUUUGAAGAGAGUAAAAACAAAGGCUACAUUCCAAGUACAACUUUUUUGUCUCAUGUGCAAGAGGGCAUGCUCACUGCCCCUAGAUAGGCCAAGAAUCAAAGGUGUGGCGGCAGUUAUGCUGAGAAAACUCUUGUGUUUCAUGGGAUCACCGCAGCCAGCCCCGGCACCACUGAAAUAUGCACUGCUCACUACAGCAAGGGAGACAGGCAGCACACAAUCUUGUUAGCUUUUCUCUUCUUAAGGAAGUGGAGCCUUAUGUUCUCAUUAAAAUAACUGCAUUCAUUUUCCCUAAAUGGUGUCAUUGCCAAAGUAAGUCAUUCUCUUAAGUGUCUUCUGCCUUUUUCUUUAUCUUUUCUCCCAUAUAUUUAAACUUUGAAACAGUCUGUGCAGUUCUAAGAAAAAAAAUUCAGAUGUGUUUCAUGCUAUUUUUAAAGAAUUCACUUUUUAAAAACUAUUAUCAGUAUUAGUAUUUUUCUAGAUGUCAAAUUAUUCCUUAAAUAUCCUUCAAAACAUAUAAAAUAUAUAGAUACAUAAUAUAUACACAAUAAUUUGUAACAAAUUUUGUUUUUAAUUAUUGUUGUUAUUAAUGAUUAACUUUAUAAAUAAGACAAAACCUUUAAAUGUUAUAUAGUUGUUCAUUAUCCUGGUAGUA